CAAUGAUCAAUUCAUCAAUGCGCUCAAUUUUGCCUGCCGGACAUGAUCAUAAUUUGUCCAUGAUUAGUGGCCAUUGUCGAGAAGCGGAAAGGGCGGCAUCUCGAAUUCCACAAUCCCAAAUUCGGCUAGAAAAUUGGAACUACUUGCUCGGGAUUCUCCUUCCCGGCCAGUGACCACCCUCGUCUGGGUAGUCUCAUCCACUGGGCCUCCGUCUUUCCUUCCUUCUUUCCCUUUCCCCCUCCUCCACAAGGCAUUUCCAGAAACACGUCCACCGCGACGACUCGAAUAGACACCCUCAACGACUGCGAUCAUUUAUCCUGGCCAUGGAUAGCGUCCUCCGCCAGAGCAAGGCCAUGUGCCCGUUCCUCAAGACGGCUUCCCCCGCCACCCUGCGAGCCCUCUCGACGUCUGCUCGCCCGACCGCGACCCCGAGCCCCAGCCCCAAGGCGUCGCCCUGUGGCGGCACCAUGUCCAAGCUGACGCUCCUCGCCGGUCGCUGCCCGGUCAUGGGCAAGGCCAUGGCUGUGCAGUCGUCCAAGUACGGCGCCGCCGCCAGCCUCCGUGCCUUCUCCAACCAUGCCAAGACGUCUUCCGCCAGCGCCCACGGCAAGGCCAAGAUGCACACCAGCCGUGGCCAGGAGGCCCGCGCCGUCGAGGGCCACGUCUCUGGCAUAUACCCGCCUAACAAGACGAACAAGCCGCUCGCCGACGCACGUGCGGCCGCCAAGUUCAACUACGAGUCCUUUUACACGGCCGAACUCGACAAGAAGCACAAGGACAAGUCGUACCGCUACUUCAACAACAUCAACCGCCUGGCCAAGGACUUUCCUCGCGCCCACAUGUCCAACAAGGAGGAUCGCGUCACCGUCUGGUGCGCCAAUGACUACCUCGGCAUGGGUCGCAACAGCCGCGUGCUCAACAAGAUGCACGAGACGCUCGAGGAGUACGGCGCGGGCGCGGGCGGGACGAGGAACAUCUCUGGACACAACAGGCAUGCGGUAGAAUUGGAGGGCACGCUGGCCAAGCUCCACGCCAAGGACGCGGCGCUGGUGUUCAGCUCGUGCUACGUGGCCAACGACGCGACGCUGGCCACCCUGGGCAGCAAGAUGCCCGACUGCGUCAUCUUGUCGGAUAGCCUGAACCACGCCUCCAUGAUCCAGGGCAUCCGACACUCUGGCACCAAGAAGGUCGUCUUCAAGCACAACGAUGUGGCGGAUCUGGAGGCCAAGCUGGCUGCCCUGCCGCUGCACGUGCCCAAGAUCAUCGCCUUUGAAUCCGUCUACAGCAUGUGUGGUUCCAUUGGGCCGAUUGAGGAGAUUUGCGACCUGGCCGACAAGUACGGCGCCAUCACCUUUCUCGACGAAGUGCAUGCCGUAGGCAUGUACGGGCCGAGCGGUGCUGGCGUGGCUGAGCACCUGGACUGGGAGGCGCACAAGGAGGGCAUGCCCCGGGGCACCAUUAUGGAUCGCAUCGACAUCAUCACGGGUACUCUGGGCAAGGCAUACGGCUGUGUGGGCGGCUACAUUGCGGGCAGCGAAAAGCUGGUCGACAUGAUCCGCUCGCUGGCUCCUGGGUUCAUCUUCACGACCUCGCUUCCCCCGGCGACCAUGGCUGGCGCCAGGGCGUCGAUCGAGUACCAGAUGGAGCACGACGGUGACCGGAGGCUGCAGCAGCUGCACACGCGUGCGGUCAAGGAGGAGAUGAACGCCCGCGACAUCCCCGUCAUCCCCAAUCCCUCGCACAUUGUGCCCCUGCUGGUCGGCAACGCGGAGCUGGCCAAGGCGGCCUCUGACAUGCUCCUCAACGACUACCAGAUCUACGUCCAGUCCAUCAACUACCCGACCGUUCCCGUCGGCCAGGAGCGCCUGCGCAUCACGCCCACCCCGGGCCACGGCAAGGAGCUCCGGGAGGAACUGGUCCAGGCUGUGGACGAGAUCUGGACGCGCCUGGGCAUCAAGCGCACGUCUGAUUGGGCGGCUGAGGGUGGCUUCAUUGGUGUCGGUGAGCAGGACAACACGGAGGUCCAGCCGCUCUGGACGGACAAGCAGUUGGGCAUUGAGCAGGCGGCCAAGGAGAUUAUGGCUACGGGAGGACAAUCUGGCAAGGCAUCCCUGACCGAGACCCUGCUGGAGCGCGAGGCGGGCGCCGGACGCUCUGUCGCAGCCGCAGCCUAAGACUUGGUCGCUCGCUCACUGUGCCGCUGGCAUUGGUUCCCAAUUGUGGCGAACCACCAUUCCAUUCGAUCCAGGGCUGUUUCUGGCCCUCUUAUGAUAGCUUGUGCCUUUUGGCCCAAUUUACACUAUUGAUUGGCGCAAUUGCGACCUUACAUCACCUUUUGGUUGCCCAUUCAUUCGGCUUGUGACUGGAAUUCGAGGGAGGGGUGGGGGCGAGUAGAUCGGCUUCCGGAUUAUCCUACUGAAUUAAGUUCGCCAGUGCCUGUUCGUUAUUAACGCUAGCCGGCAUCGUUCCG